GGAUGCAACCUAAGGUGAUAAGAUCACUGAAGAAAGCCAUGCAACCAGCUGUGACAGAUGUUCAAAUUUCUGUCUCUGCUUCCAACAAUAUAACAGUAAAUGUAGUUCCAAAAGAAAGGCUUCCACCUAUUUUUAUUGGUGAAUGUCUCAUUGUAUAUGCAAUUCUUCAUGACAAGUCACCAUCCUCUUCACCUCAAGAAGGAAAAAUACUCCUUACUGGUGAUUUACUUGGAGCUAAAGUAGAGCAUAACAUGAAGUUUCCAAUCAAACCAGCAGUGAAAAAAGAGACUGCUUCCCAAGUGUCAACUAUUCACCACCUUGCAGCCAAGAAGUUGAUAAAAGAAUUGGAGUUGGAUGGUGGAAAAAAGGCAGAGAUAAUCCAGCUAAGUUGUGACUCCAAUGUUAUAUCAUCACAAACUGCAUUUAUUGCCAUUGAUCAAGAUAGAAAACAAGCAGUUAAAGGAAGUUUGCACAGUUGGGAUUUAAUGCCUCAGGAGGAGGAACAGUUCAUGAGUUCGAUGACUUUACAGUCCAACUAG